AAAUGAAUUUGACUUAAUCAAACUUCAUCAUUAAUGCUUUACUAGUAGGAUUUUAGGACCAUCACUAUAAAUACGCUCACCCUACUGGUCCUCUUCUCACGGCUAUCUUCUUCCUAUAUAUAAAGAGAGAUGGGAAAAUUUUCAAGCAUGUAUGUUGGCGUUUUAGCUGUGAUAAUUGUUUUAGUGCUGGGUAUAGCAGAAUGUAGAAAAAUAGAGAAAGAUGGCUUUGGAGAUGGUGCUGGGGGAGGUGGAGGCUUUGGUGGGGGUGCUGGUGGUGGCAUUGGAGGUGGUGCUGGUGGCGGCGUUGGAGGUGGUGCUGGUGGUGGCCUUGGAGGUGGAGCCGGUGGUGGUGGAGGUAUUGGAGGAGGCAAAGGUGGAGGGGUUGGAGUUGGUGUAGGUGGGGGUUCUGGUGGAGGUAUUGGAGGUGGAGCCGGGGGAGGUGGUGCUGGUGGCGGAGAAGGUGGUGGUACAGGAGGAGGAUUUGGUGGAGGAGCUGGAGGUGGUGCUGGUGGUGGCUUCGGAGGAGGCAAAGGAGGGGGAGGAGGUUUUGGUGGAGGAAGUGGAAGUGGGCAUUAAUUCCUGAAGUUAGCGAGCUUUUAAUGUCGUGCUUGUGCAUGGGAUAUUAUAUUAUUAUGUCGCAAUUAAGAUUAUAAUUAGAAUAAAUAACUAAAGCUUGUAUUAUCUUGCAUCAUUUUCUUCCACACGAAAAAAUAUAAAUGUAUAAUCAGUCUUUGACAAGAUGAACAAAUUGAAGUCAUCUGCGCG